AGUGAGGGGGCGCGGCUGACGUGCGGCGGCGUUUCCGGGAAGAUGGCGGCUGUCGAAGAGGCUGCGGAGCCGGUAACGGUGGUGGCAGCUGUUGGUCCAAAGGCGAAGGACGAAGAGGAGGAGGAAGAGGAGUCGCUGCCACCGUGCGAGGCGGUGCGCUGGGCCCCGGUGGGGGCAGUGGCGGAGGCCGGGCCUGGGACGGCCGCGUUCUCGGAAGAGGCGGCGGCCGAGGAGCCCGGCGCGGCCCCGGGCUCCCCUCCGGACUCGCCUGGCCGGACGCUGAGGCGGCUGCGGGCCGAGCGGCGGCGGCUGGACUCGGCGCUGCUCGCGCUGUCCUCGCACUUCGCGCAAGUGCAGUUCCGCCUGCGCCAGGUGGUGCGCGGAGCGCCCGCGGAGCAGCAGCGCCUCCUGCGCGAGCUCGAGGACUUCGCGUUCCGCGGCUGCCCGCACGUCCUGGGUUACGGGGGGACCGAGGACCCCGCCAGCGACGAUGGCGAUGGGCUGCCAGGGGACCGACCACGAUUGCGGGGCGAGAACCAGAGUGAACAAGAAAAACGGGAACGUCUGGAAGCCCAAAGGGAGAAGCAGAAGGAACUUAUACUACAGCUCAAAACCCAGCUAGAUGACCUGGAAACGUUUGCUUAUCAAGAGGGUAAUUACGACUCCCUGCCGCAGUCCGUGGUGUUGGAAAGACAGCGGGUGAUCAUAGAUGAAUUAAUAAAGAAACUGGACAUGAAUCUGAAUGAGGACAUCAGUUCACUGUCUACCGAGGAGCUCCGGCAGCGUGUGGAUGCAGCUGUGGCUCAGAUUGUCAACCCAGCCCGAGUGAAAGAACAGUUGGUUGAACAGUUGAAAACUCAGAUCCGAGACCUCGAGAUGUUCAUCAACUUCAUCCAAGAUGAAGUGGGAAGCCCGUUGCAGGCAGACAGCGCGCACUGUGAGUGCAAGGCCAGUGGGAAGACAGGAAGUGGCUCCACGAGAAUGGGCAGCAGCCGACCGCCUCCAGGAAACAGCAAGACAAAGGCAGAAGACGUGAAGAAGGUUCAGGAGACGGGGCUGCACCUCAUGCGGCGUGCGCUGGCAGUGCUCCAGAUCUUUGCUGCUAGCCAGUUUGGUUGCACCACGGGCCAGAUCCCACAAACCCUGUGGCAGAGGGGCCAGGCUGACAGGGACUACUCCCCCUUACUGAAGAGGCUGGAGAUCUCAGUAGACAGAGUGAAGCAGCUAGCCUUGAGGCACCAGCCACACAACCACAUUAUCACCUCUGCCAGCCUCCAGGACCUGUCUCUGGGAGGCAAGGACGAGCUGACCAUGGCUGUGCGGAAGGAGCUGACCGUGGCCGUCAGGGACCUGCUGGCCCAUGGACUCUACGCCUCCUCACCAGGGAUGAGCCUGGUCAUGGCCCCCAUCGCUUGUUUGCUGCCAGCCUUCUCCUCCGCCCCCGAGACCAUGCACCCAUGGGAGCUCUUUGUAAAGUACUACCAUGCUAAGAACGGCCGUGCUUAUGUGGAAUCCCCCGCCCGGAAACUCUCCCAGUCCUUUGCCCUGCCAGUUAUGGGAGGCACCGUUGUGACCCCCAAGCAGAGCCUUCUGACAGCCAUCCAUGUGGUGCUGACGGAGCACGACCCCUUUAAACGCAGUGCAGAUUCAGAGUUGAAAGCCUUGGUGUGCAUGGCCCUGAACGAGCAGCGUCUUGUGUCCUGGGUGAACUUAAUCUGCAAGUCGGGGUCACUCAUCGAGCCCCACUACCAGCCCUGGAGCUACAUGGCGCACACAGGCUUUGAGAGCGCCCUCAACCUGCUCAGUCGCCUCAGCAGCCUCAAGUUCAGCCUCCCUGUGGACCUGGCCGUGCGCCAGCUCAAGAACAUCAAAGAUGCCUUUUGAUGAGAGUGCCAGGCCCUACACCACCACCUUCCUCAGUAGAGUAGGGGUAGAUGGUUAGUCUUCUAGGGUAGAAACAAAGAGGAGGAGGAGGGGUUAAAGACGGUCUCCCUAGCCAAAUGACUGCAAAGUCUGUUUUCCCCACCAAACUAGCAUCUCAGAGAUGCUGGAGACCCUCUCAUUCCAAGGUUCUGCCCUGGUGUGUAACAUGUGGGCACACAUAUUUGAGCCGAUGUAAAAGAAAUCAGCUCUGGCACACAGUUAAUGGACCACCUCAUCGUGCCACAUCUGCUUUCUCCAAAACCCAGAUUGCUCUAACCAUUCUCUUUAUGGUGGUGAAUGACAUGAGUGAGUCGUUGGUCCUGGAAGACAUUCAGCUUGAGGCUCCUGUCAGUCAAGCUGGGAGGCGUAUUCCUUCACUUGGAGCAGGUUCGAGAGUCAUUGGGCCAGAAUUUGAAUUCCCUUACGAAUGCUGACACCCCUUUCUUCCUGACCCCAGGUCAGGGGAGGCUGUGUGUGUUCCACAGUUGCUUCUAAAACUAGGAAUGGGGAUAUUGGAGAACAGCAUUUCUGAGGGAGUUCACCACAAGUUGAUUUCAAUGUGAGCCCUCUUUUGUGGGUAAGAACUGAGAUCUGUUCCUGACAAGGUGGCCCACUUCUCACGGCACAGAUGGUGGUCUCUUGGAUUUAGAGCUGGUGAGUUACGAGGAAUGGCAACCACUGCCGGUUGCCACCACAUCCCUUGGCAAAUAACUUUUCCUGGGCACACCUCCCAGCAAGGCGCUGACACAGUCUUUUUGAAAGUACAUACGCCAGAGGUGUACUCCUCAGGAGAACCCUUGCCACCCAAGUCAAGUGUGAAUGCCUUAGUGAUCAGCAGCAACUCCUCCCAAGGUUGGGAUUCCACUUGUCCUGGAGGCUGGAUGAUGGAGGGGGUCUGAUCACACAGUAGGGACUACAGAGGGGGUUGGGACUACAGUAGAUCACCGCUGACAAACAGGGACUGAGCAUUUCCUUGUAAAACUGACUCUAGAGUGAUCCUGUUUGGUCUUUAGUAUUUUAGCCUUUUUAGUUCGUAUUUAUCAUUCAGCUUGCAUACUGCUCCAGGACUGACCAAAGAUGGGCAAAGUGUAUCUUACCACUUUCUGAAAAACCAGAUGGGAUCUGCAUACCGCUGAUCCGGCAUUGUUUCCUGUAUUAAAUUACCAGCUGCACUUGUGUUUGCACUAUUGCAUAGUGCGCAUUAACUUAAUUUUUUUCAGUGACAUGUUAUUUAAGAUGUAUUAUCGAUAAUUCAUUAGAAUUAGUCCCCCUUCUAUGUGAAACAGGAUAAGUGUAAAAUGUGGAAAAUGAUAUAUCUGUGGUUGCUAAUAAAAAUCAUAGUAUUUUAUGUAGCUUCUCUACAAAGACCUUAGAGAGACUCGUGGCUUUGGUUUAUAAGUCUGUCUGCGCAUUAUUAGCCCAUCUGAUCCAGAUCAGUAUUUCCUUGGGCAAUGUCUGGCUCUUGGCCUUUCUGUCUCUUCUUGGCACCCCACCCUGGAUCAGCUCAGCUUUGGUGGUGUUUUCUUUCCCCCAGACAUUACCCUGCCAUCUCACCCAGGCCUACGGCCCCAUUCCCACAGUACAGCUCCCCAUACGUGCCACUUUGGGAGCUGGCCCUUUUAUUUUUAAAGAUUGAUUCAUUUAUGUAUUAGAGAGCGCGCAGGGGUGAGGGG